AUGCUGCCACUCAGGUGCCAACUGAAACAAGCUUCUCUCCGGCAGGUUUUGUGUAGGUCCUGGGCUGUGAUGGGGAAACUGCAAAGCAAACUCAAACACAGCACUUACAAAUACAGGCCUGAUGGCAUUAUAGAAGAGAGGCUUCAAACUAAAACCUCUCAAGAGUAUAGCCCGGCCCACGUGGAAACCGUCUCUGCUGUCGCUGCCCUGAACUCAGACCUUUGUGUCUCCGGAGGGAAAGAUAAGACAGUUGUGGCCUAUAAUUGGAAAACUGGAAGUGUGGUGAAAAGGUUCAAAGGACAUGAACGUGAAAUCACCAAGGUAGCCUGUAUUCACCAAUCAAACCAGUUCUUCAGUGCCUCUCGUGACAGGAUGGUCAUGCUGUGGGACUUACAUGGUUCCUCACAACCAAGACAGCAGUUCUCAGGCCAUGCCAUGGUGGUCACCGGAUUAGCUGUGAGUCCAGACUCCACACAGCUGUGCACUGGUUCCCGGGACAACACCAUGCUUCUGUGGGACGUUGGAACUGGAGAGAGUGUGGAGAGAGCUUCUGUCUCCAGAAACCUGGUCACACACCUGUGCUGGGUCCCCAGAGAACCAUAUAUCCUACAGACCUCUGAAGAUAAAACCAUCAGAUUAUGGGAUAGUCGGGGGCUGCAUGUGGCCCACUUGUUUCCUGCAAAACAGCACAUUCAGACCUACUGUGAAGUCAGUGAGGAUGGAUACACAUUUCUCUCCUGCAGCAAUGGCUUUGGAGGAGAAGGUUGUGAAGCUACGUUGUGGGACCUAAGGCAGACACGCAACAAAAUAUGUGAAUAUAUGGGACAUUUCCAGACAGUUGCAUCUGGUGUGUUUCUACCAAAAGCAUUGGCCUUGAUGCCUAUAAUUGCUACCGCAUCACAUGACUGCAAGGUGAAGAUUUGGAAUCAAGACACUGGAGCCUGCCUUUUCACUCUGUCUCUGGAUGGAGCAGGGCCUUUGACUUCCCUGGCUGUUGGCGACACCGUCUCCUUAUUGUGUGCAAGUUUCAGCAGAGGAAUUCAUUUACUCCGAGUGGACAGCCGCCGAGGGCUGGAACUGCGGGAAGUGGCAGCAUUCUGA